AUGUUAAACGCCCUUGUGGGCAAUGAAGAGCCCACGUCCGGGACACCAGGGGGCACCAGUGUACCGGGGGCACCGCGCCCCCAGGUACCCGGCCUUAUGAGGAUGGGUGCUCCUGGAGGACCUCGGCCCCCGGGGACGGGCAUGACGGGCCCCAGACCGCCCGGACCUGGCGGGAGCAUGGGGCCCGGCGGUGGCAUGGGGCCCAGUGGUGGCAUGGGCCCUGGCGGGAUGGGCCCCGGUGGAAUGAGCGGACCAGGUGUCCCUGGAGGACCAGGAGGGCCUGGCGGGCCAAUGGGCCCCGGUGGUGUGCGGGGACCUAGUGUGUCAAUGGGUCAAGGUGGUACAGUGGGGUCAGGGGGAUCGGCAGGCCCGGGGGCCCCGAUGGGACCUGGUGGCCCUAUGGGGCCAGGCGGUCCGAUGGGACCUGGGGUCCAGGGGGUCCAGGCGGACCGAUCGGUCCCGGUGGUCCCAUGGGGCUGA